AUGGAUUUAAAAACCUUUGGUGAAGAUAAUUUUGAUCCUAAACAGUGGAUAAAUAAAGCAUGGAGCUCUAGUGGUAACCAGGAAAAGGAGAUAUUUGUAGCGAAUACAGUAUCAAGAUUGCAGCUAUAUAUGAAACAAUUGACUAAUGCGUUAGAUGAAACUACUACGCAGAUAGUGACUUCGAUCCCCCGAAUCCUACAAGAUGCAUCAUCACUCCAGCUCGAGGGUGCCAUGUUGCAACAGAAACUGUUGUCCUUGGAACAGAAGGUCCAGAGUGUGGAGGAGCAGACUGGACACUCCAUUGAGAGUCUACAGAAGAUUGAUCAGUUGAAGAGCAGGCUUGAGAAUGCUGCCUCAGCUCUUCGGGAAGCCGACAAAUGGGCAGCCCUGGCUACUUCGUUAGAAGAUAUAUUGGAGUCUGGAGUGCCAACUCAAGGGGAUAAACUGGCUGAACUUGCUGAACAAGUGACUGCGAUGACCGCUAGCCUUGAGGUAUUAAGCGAUGCUCCUGACUAUGAGAACAAACGUAUGCAGCUGGAGACCCUCUAUAACAGACUCGAAGCCACCAUUAGUCCUCCACUGAUCGAAGCUUUGACUCAAAUGGAUGCGGAUCGCACAGCGACCUACGUGUCUCUGUUCGCGGGUAUGGGUCGUACGGUAUCAGUCUCUCGAUGCUGGAGACGGGCUGCAGCAGCUCGUUUGUCUUCCACAUGGAGAAGAUUGGAUGCCCAUACCCUGGCUGCUUUGAAUCGUAUGCUGUCCAGCGAGGCUGGGAAACAGGUGGAUUGGUUGACAAACGUACUAAAAUCAGAGACGCCUUUAACAGAAUUGAUUAGACUGUACACGGAUUUGUUGCUUUCCUUGGACCCUUCGCCUACUAAGGUAGUCUCAGCUAAUUUAAAGUUAUGUUCUUCGCCCGACGAAGGCAUAUUACUAUUAACGGAUUUGAGAACAGAUAUUGAUGAUUUUAUCAACUGCAUACAAAAUAUACUAGACGCUCCGAGACAGAAUAAAGAAACAGUAACGCCGACUAUAAUUCGUGACUUCGCACGAGCUGCGUACGCGCCGCUUAGAGAGCUUCUACCAAAGUACACGGAAUUACAGACCAGACUGUUUCUAGAUUACUUGAACGAUCCACAGUUGAACCAGGAGGAUCUUCUAGAACUAUCUAGAAGUAUACUGACAGUAUCGGAGCGGUGUGAAGGUUGGUUCUCUACUGCGUUCAGUAAGGUGAAGAAGAUUGCAGGAGAAACUCUGUACGCGGUCUAUAUGCCUGCUGUAGAGAAUUUCGCUUCAUCCCUUUCGAACUUAAUAUCGGCACACAGUCGGCGUAUAGAAUCAGCGUUCCUAUCUUCGGCGUCUAUAGGGCAGGUGACAGGGGUCCUGUCUAACACGUUCCCAGCAUCCUUAAUGCUGCAGACGGCAGCAGCCAAUAUCCUGGCUGCGUUGGCUGAACCUAGGGAGGUUGAAGAUUCAAAAACUGAAGAUCCUCUACAUGACCUUCCGACCUUGCUUCUGGAGCCUGAAGUGAGACAGAGGCUUGCUUCGUUCAGGGCGGAGCCCCCGGCCUCCGCCGCGGUCCUCAGACGGACUAAGGAUCAGCUCAGGAAUCUAGCCCGAGUCAUUUUAAGAAACCCUAUUGAUGUCCAACUGGAAAAAAUACCACAGUUAUCAGUAUGGAACAACAAUGAUGCUCUGUCUACUGACCUACCGGACUUCGCGUUAUCACCACAAGAAUAUAUCACCGAGAUCGGUCAGUACUUGAUGACUUUGCCACAACAUCUAGAAAUGCAUUUAUCUGAGAAACAAGCGCCAUUGCAGUUUUUAUCUGAGGUAUGCACACACACAUGCGAGGUGUAUGCUGAGAAAAUACUAAACAUAAGAAAUAUGGAUGCCCUAGGCACUAAACGGUGUCUCAAUGAUAUAGUAUACCUAUCAAGCGUGGUGGAAGACUUAGGGAGUACCAUAACACCGUCUCUUAAGAAUUUGGAGAAGUCUCUAAGAGCUGCAGCGCCUAGCCAAUCCGCUGAGUAA